CACCUUGCUGAACCAAUGUCAACCGAAAACAGGUGUGUGAGUGAUGAUGUCUUUUUUCUUACGGCUAUCGCGAAAGUUUGUUUUUUUAUUGCUGAUGAGCUUUGUUGUAUUAAUAUUUAUGGCGGAACCAGCUGACUUAGCUCUACUUUCUUAUCGGAAACCUGUCAAUAGUUCCUCCGAAAGUAGACUGUUCUCUGGUCCUCUAUCUACUGUUACAGAUGGCAUUGAUUCUGCUUUUCAAGAAAUACCUCCAUGUUUUCAUUCUGAAAUGGGAUACGGUGAAUGGUUGGCUGUCGAUCUGCAGGAUAUUUAUCAAGUUGAAAAAGUCUCUGUUAUAAACCGAAUUACGUCUUGGGAACCUGCCGUUAGAAGAAUAAAAGACGCAGAAAUCAUCAUUGUUACUGAUAUUGAAGAUCGUAAUGAUGGUCAAUCGUGCGGCUAUCCAGUGACUUUGGACCAGGUUUAUAAAAGUCCCUUAAUCGACUUUGCAUGUACUCCUUCAAUCAUUGGCCGCUAUGUUAUUUUGUGGAUUAAUGGGCUUGAAUAUUUACAUGUGUGCGAAAUCCGUGUGUAUGGCAACACAACGGCACAUUACAAUGGAGGUUUGGAAGCUGUUGGUUUUUGGCCUUUGAAUAGGUAUUACGAGUUUCACGAUAUAUCUAGAUUUAAACAUGAUGGGCACGCAUCUUCUGGUUGGCUAUUGACAACUGGUGUAAAAAAUACUAUCGAUCAGGCCAUCGAGUUUACAUCUGCAAUUCUUGUGAUCCAAAAUUAUCAUAAUUUUGUGAGCGGAUCUGCGUUUUCCAUCUGCUUUCAUAUCUAUCCGUUUACGGAUUCGUAUGGGUCUAUAGUCAUAUUCAGAGGGUUCACACAAACUUUUAGCAUUUCGCAUGCUCAACCAAGUGGUUUUACUCACAUUUCGGAAGUUGUUGUUUGUUAUGACGGUGCUGAAGUGAUUCGAUGUAAUGCCCUGAUGCCCGAUGAAUGGACUUUCUUCGCUGUAACUUUCAAUGGAUUUCUAAGGCAAAUGACAGUCUGGAGGAACAGUGAGAUAGUCCAUACCGUGAACACGUCAUUCUCUACGAUUGACAUGAAUGUCACAGACAUUAAGUUUGCAGAGGAUCCUACAGUACAUAUGAAGCUGAGUAGGAUUCAGAUUUACAACAGAGCUUUGACUGAGGCUGAGAUGAAAACAGCUGAAGAACGGGGACCGGUGGUCCACCAACGAAUCACCCGCUUGAUCUCUUCAAAAGAAAAAGAACUAAGUGGUGUAAUAUUGAUUAGCUUCAACGUAGAAUCAGCAACACGCUGUGCUGCGUUUUGCAACCACGAUCUUGAAUGCACAGGUUUCGUCUACAACAACGAUCUCUGUUGUCUGUUCAACAAAAUUGAACUGGUCACUACCCACAAACAUAAUCCUGAUUCUGUUCAGUAUGAAAUAUUAUACGAGUGUUUAGAAAAAAAUUGUGUUAAAUAAACAAA